AUGUCUACCUACGGCAGUGUCCAAAGUUACUCUAUACUGUACCUCCAACUGAUGGCUUAUGUUGAGACGAACCCGGAACGUCUGAACCAGCUCAAUCAGGAGGCAAAACAAAAGGAGAACAAGAAACUUAAUUUAAUUGAUUCACCAUUUGAUGUGCUGGACUCCUUCAUUGAUGGUAACUACGGAUCUAAGAAACCCUACGAAGUUGGCAAGUACUAUGUAUUUAGUCAAGGUUUCCCGUAUAGCUACAAGCCUGGAGGGAAUUUCCUCCAUCGUCCACUACUGGACCUCCCUGCGUUGUACCUUGGUAUGACGUGGUUUACAAUGCAAGGACCAUACAAACCGAAAUUUUGCCAGAUUAUGGAGCGUGACUUCUACAGAUGUGUCACACGCGUCGGUUUGCAGAACACGGAGAAACUUUGCAAGAUAUACUGGGAUGAUUUGUUGGAGUGUCAGACGAAUGAUAAAUCGAGUAAACGGGCGCGGUAUAUGAAGAAAAUCCGUAUGCAGAAGAAACUGCCACCUAUUUCGGAUAUCCCUUAUGGUGCAUAUGCACAUAAGGGAUGGUAGCAU